GGCGAAUGGAAUUUCAUUGUCGCCAUAGCCCAAAACUGCAAACGCAAGCCAAUCAGCCAUGUCGCUCGUUAUGGGACCCGAUUUCCAGCAUAUCCUGCGUAUUUUGAAUACGAACGUGGACGGACGCCGCAAGGCGUGGGUCGCGUUGACCGCCGUGCAAGGUAUUGGUCGCCGUUUCGCGAUCAUGAUCUGCAAGAAGGCCGAAGUGGACAUCACCAAGCGUGCCGGUGAAUUGACCAACGACGAAAUCGAACGUCUCGUCGCGAUCAUCCAAAACCCGACCCAAUUCAAGAUCCCCACCUGGUUCCUCAACAGACAAAAGGACUUCAAGACCGGUAAGAGCUCGCAAGCCGUGGCCAACAUCUUGCACACCAAGUUGCGUGACGACUUGGAACGCUUGAAGAAGGUGCGCAUCCAUCGCGGUUUGCGUCACUGGUGGGGCCUCCGCGUGCGUGGUCAACACACGUGUACCACUGGCCGCCGUGGCGCCCGCAGCGCCGUGGGCAUGUUGGACAAGUCUGGUGGCAAGAAGUAAAUGGCGCAAUCCACUUCCACCGGGCCUGCAGACGACAAAGCAUCACGUUGUUUGGGCUGCUGUUGCUUUACUCGACUGCCUCGCUUUUUGACUUGACUGUAGGGCACAAACAUGGCGUUAAGAACAAUACGAAACUAUUGAUUUUGACCUCAA